AAUUUGUUGAAGAUAUUAGUGAGCAGUCAGAUUCAGGUGAAGAUUCAUGGAUUAAUGAUGAUGAUAACAAAGAUUCUAUGAUACCUAAGCUAAAAAAUCCAAAGAAACAUCAUGGAAGGGGACAACUCCUUGGUACUAAAAGACUUAAGUCUUCACAUGAGAAUCAAGAGGUUAAAAUUAAACAUCAAUGUCGAUGCAAAAAAUGUGGAAAUACAGGCCAUUACCAAAAAAAUUGCAAAGUAAACUAA